GUGGUUUUGGUUUCAGAAAACCGAGAAUGGGGUGGUGUCAUUACCUUGUGGUUCUCUGUUUUCUGGUUUUCCUUCCUGUUGGAAAACCAGAUCUCGCAUCGGAAAAGGCAGCACUUCUCGCGUUCAAGGCAGCCGUCGGUAGAUAUAUUCCAUGGAACCAGAGCUCCUCAAACCCAUGCACAUGGCCGGGAAUAGAGUGCGACAAUAACACUACCGUGACCACCAUUCGCCUCCCUGGUUACUUCCUUUCUGGUGAAAUUCCGAUUGGUAUCUUCGGCAACCUUACACAUCUCCGAACCCUUAGCUUACGUCUCAACUCACUCUCCGGGCAACUUCCGUUGGAUCUCGCCGCCUGUACUGAUCUCCGUAAUCUGUACUUGCAGGGCAACAAGUUCUCCAGUGAGAUCCCGAAGUUCUUGUUCGGUCUCUAUAAUCUCGUCCGUCUCAAUCUCGCUAAUAAUAACUUCUCCGGCGAGAUCUCGCCCGAGUUCAACAACCUCACCAGGUUGGGAACUCUCUAUAUGGAAUACAAUCAACUCACUGGUUCGAUUCCUGAUCUACCGAAGCUUCUGAGUCUUGAUCAGUUCAAUGUUUCGUAUAAUCAAUUGAACGGUUCAAUCCCCUCGAGUCUGAGAGGCAAGAGUGCUGAAGCAUUCCUCGGGAACUCCCUGUGUGGAGGGCCACUCCUUGCGUGCGCUGGUGAUGCAUCGCAGCCGCCGAGUAGCGGUAAUGGUGGUGGUAGUGGAAAGAAGAAAUUGUCGGGAGGAGCAAUUGCAGGUAUUGUGAUAGGAUCUGUGGUUGGGUUUUUGUUGAUUCUUCUGCUUUUGUUCUUUUUGUGCCGAAAAAAGAGUGAUAGGAGGACGAGCGACAUGGCUCCAGCGAAGCAAGGGGGUGAAGUAGAGAUUGCAGGUGAGAAAGGAGAUAAUGGUAGCUUGAGCAGCCGUGCUAUUCCUGUUGCUGGGGCGACAGCUGCAACGGCGGCGGCAUUGGCAGCUUCUAAGGGGGACGUUAAUGGUAGUGGGAACAACAAGAAGCUUGUUUUCUUUGGAAAUGCUCCAAGGAUUUUUGAUCUGGAGGAUCUAUUGAGGGCUUCUGCCGAGGUUUUGGGGAAGGGGACGUUUGGGACGGCGUACAAGGCAGUUUUGGAGAUGGGAACGGUGGCCGCUGUGAAGAGGCUUAAGGAUGUAACCAUCCCUGAGAGGGAAUUCAGGGAGAAGAUUGAAAUCGUUGGAUCCAUGGAUCAUGAAAGCUUGGUCCCGCUUAGAGCAUACUAUUUCAGUAAGGACGAGAAGCUCCUUGUCUAUGAUUACAUGCCCAUGGGCAGUUUAUCUGCACUUUUGCAUGGAAACAGAGGAGCAGGUAGGACGCCAUUGAAUUGGGAAACCAGGUCCGGCAUUGCCCUUGGUGCUGCCCGUGGUAUAGAAUAUCUCCAUGGGAGGGGACCCAACAUCUCGCAUGGCAACAUUAAGUCAUCCAAUAUCCUCCUCACCAAAUCCUAUGAUGCUCGUGUAUCUGACUUUGGUCUUGCAAGCCUUGUUGGCCCUACUUCUACCCCCAAUCGCGUUGCUGGUUACCGUGCACCUGAGGUUACAGAUGCUCGCAAGGUGUCGCAAAAGGCAGAUGUCUACAGUUUUGGUGUCCUCCUAUUGGAGCUCCUGACUGGAAAACCUCCAACCCAUGCUCUGAUGAAUGAAGAUGGAGUCGACCUCCCAAGGUGGGUACAGUCUGUGGUCCGAGAAGAGUGGACAUCAGAGGUUUUCGACCUUGAACUCCUGAGGUACCAGAAUGUUGAGGAAGAGAUGGUUCAGCUCUUGCAGCUUGCAACUGAUUGUUGUGCUCAGUACCCAGACAAGCGCCCCUCAAUGACUGAGGUUACAAAGCGGAUUGAGGAGCUUCGACGCACCAGCGUAGGCCAAGAACCUGAUCUAGUUGACGAGGAGUUAGAUGAUGAAGGAUCAUCAUAGCUAAC